CUUCAGAGCUUCAAAUGUGCGAAGGGUAGAGUCUGAACACACCUCAAAGCCCAAUUCAUAGCGUUUUGAGGCCGAAGACGCAACACACAGUGUGACCAAGCCUGACCGUGUACACGUCCCGCAUCGCUGCCAGCAUGGCUCGACACCGUUCCAGGAAGAGCGGCACCACCAAGGUCGUGAGCACGAAUGGUGCAGGACCAACAGCCCCAGCGGCCUCAGCAGCAGCAGCAGCAAGUAGUAACAGCAGCAGGGAUAAGUCUGAAGUAAAUGAAAAUGGUAAAAGCGUAGAAGAACCGGCCGUGGCAUCAAUAAACGAGCCUGGCCAAGCCGGAGAAGCAGAUAGAGACACAGUCGCGCCCGCCACAGAAGAGCCACAGUCCGCAAGCAAGCGUUCUCGCAAGCGAAGCAAACGCAAGAGCGGCAAUACGGAAAGCGUUGGCGAGGAUCACAAGCUGUAUCCUCCAGCACCGAAAAUCCCAAAGGAAAAAGAAGAAGAUGGCUCCGACUCGGACUCAGACGACGGGAGUGGAGACCAAAAGCAAAUCAAUAUUGCAGGGACGAGCACGGCCGACGGGGAGACCAGCAGCAAGCGAAAAAGGAAACGGAAGCGAAAGUCCACUACUGGAGUCAAUCAGGUUGUUGAGUGUGCAGCCGAUACAGAACAGAACGCUUCAAGGACCAAGUCGAAAUCCUCGCCAUCAAAGUCCUCAUCGAUAGCAAAGCAGUCUGCGCCCGCCUCGCGUCCCUAUACUUCCGUUCCCCCGUUGUCCUCCGCCCCCGACCCAUUCUCUGAUCCGCAGCUCGUGCAACGAGAAGGCGGGACUGAUGCUGCGGGAGAAGAAGAAGAAGACGGCCCGGGGGAGCAGGUCACAUCCAGCGCGCAGAACGCGCUAGCGUACGUCAUUGCUUUUGCCGCCAAGGAUGCCGAGGUUGGGGGCAACACGGGAGGCAGCAAAGCGGACAAGGAGAGCAGCAGGAAAAAGCAGAAGACGGAGGUGGCCGUGAACGGCACUGUUAGCACUUGGCGCUUCAAUAAGGCUAAGCAGAAUUGGCUCUUACGACACUUGCUCAAUGCGCCUUCCUCGCAAACAUUAGACGAAUCGACAGCAAACGCGUCUGAUGAAUCUUCAGCCUCAUCCGCCCAGGGCGCAAAGGCUGCUGGCAGAGGCGUGGCGAUUCCAGACGAGUAUGUGCCGUUCCUCGGGUGGUAUUUUAAAGGCAUUCAAGGCAACGCACGAAGAGUCUUGGUUAACGAGCUCAAACAAGCGCGCGAUGCGCCUGCUCAUGCGCAAGUGACUCUUUCCGGGCCUGGCAAUGACUCCUCGGAUGCUGCGCCUUCAGCUUCAGCCACUGCGGCAGCGCCAUUGCAGGGAGCAGGCAGCAACAGCAGUAACCUUGCAUUCGGUGACAUGGCGCUCUCGAUGGAGGCGAGCGCGGAUGCAGCGCAAGCUACAACCUCGGUCGCAGCUCCUACGUCUGCGUCUGCGCCCGCGGCGGGGAGCGCACAAGAUGUGGAGACGAGCAGAGCGAGGGCAAAAGAAAUCCUCGCCUGGAUGGGCGAGUCAGGAUAGAGUAAGUGGCAUUUACUGUAGCAUAGUGCGAUUCAGAAGCAACAGGUAUAAGGGUCAUGGAUCCAAGCCAUUCAGUUCGAGCAUGCCUGCAUCCUCUACGCCGACCUCACUCCAAGGCCCGACCCACCGCCAAACAUCGAAACGAUGGUUGAGCCCGCUCUGCUCCUGCAGCGCAUAUGGACCACCGUCCAGCAUGCCCUCGCACGCCCCCCUGUCGCCAAGCGCCGCACCGCAGCACCCACCCGCUUUGGGAGCGGGCACGAGGAAGUAGACGGCGCGUACGCGCGAA